AGAUAAUAAAUAAAAUAUGACGGAAAAAUUACGAAGAUAUGAAAAAAUUGAUUUUUUAGGAGAAGGACAGUUUGCAACUGUUUAUAAGGCUAAAGAUAUCGAAACGUCUAAGAUUGUUGCUGUGAAAAAGAUUAAAGUUGGAAGUCGUGCAGAAGCUAGAGAUGGUAUAAAUAGGACUGCAUUACGAGAAAUUAAAUUAUUACAAGAAUUAAAACAUGAUAAUGUGAUAGGUUUAUUAGAUGUUUUUGGUCACAAGUCAAAUGUUUCUUUAGUAUUUGACUUUAUGGAUACAGAUUUGGAAAUAAUAAUAAAAGAUAGCAACAUAGUAUUAACAGCUGCAAAUAUUAAAGCAUAUAUGAUUCAAACUUUACAAGGUUUAGAUUAUUUACAUUAUAAUUGGAUACUUCACAGAGAUUUAAAACCAAACAAUUUACUUGUUAAUGCUGAGGGUGUUUUAAAAAUUGGUGAUUUCGGUUUGGCUAAAUUUUUUGGUUCACCUAAUCGAAUAAAUACCCAUCAAGUAGUAACAAGAUGGUAUAGAGCACCUGAAUUAUUAUAUGGUGCAAGAUUAUAUGGAACUGGAAUUGAUAUGUGGGCAGUUGGUUGUAUAUUAGCAGAACUUUUAUUACGUGUACCAUUUUUACCUGGAGAGUCAGAUUUGGAUCAGCUUACUAGAAUAUUUCAAACAUUAGGAACUCCCACUGAAGAAACAUGGCCAGGAAUGACUGAAUUACCAGAUUUUAUUCAAUUUAAACCUUUUCCUGGUACACCAUUAAAACAUAUAUUUACUGCAGCUGGUGAUGAUCUCUUAGAUUUAAUUGCUAGUUUAUUAAAUGUAAAUCCUUUGGAAAGAUGUACAUGUGAUCAAGCUCUCCAAAUGCCAUACUUUAGCAAUAAACCAGCACCAACUCCUGGACCUAGAUUACCUCUUCCUACAUCUGUAAAACGUCAACCUGAAGAAAAACCUAGUCUAAAAAGAAAACUAUUGGAAUCAAUGGAUGGUGCUUCGCUUGCAAAAAGAUUACAAUUUUAACUAUAAAUUUAACUAGAAUUAAUAGUAUAAAUUUUUAUAAAAGAUAAUUUGUUGUUAUUGUUUUCCUUAUUAAUUUUAGAAUGAAUUAUCAAUAUUAUAUGAUAAUUUAACAUUAAAUGAAACAAAGAAAUAUAGAUUAAUUUAAUUUGUGUAAAUGUAUAUAUAAGUAAAUUUAAAUCGUAAGAUAUAUUAGGUAGAUAUUUACAGUGUAUUAUUGUUAUAAUAUACGAUAUAUAAUUAAUAACAAAGUUUUGUUACAAUCAAAAUCAUAUAUAUAAUUAAAAUCAAAUAAACAUUAAUUUUAUAUAUUAAAAAUAUUAUAUGUACCGAAAUAUAUUGCUUGUAUGUAUAAAAAAUUAAAAUAAAAUGGAAAUGUUAUAGGUUAAAAUAAUAAUACAUAUAUUU